AGCAACCUGGCCUUCCUGGAAAUCUGCUUUACAUCCUCCACAAGCAUUAAAUUGUUUGCCAUCCUGAGUUCUGAUCAAAAAACCAUCUCCCUGAGCAGCUGCUUUGCCCAAUCCUAUUUCUAUUUUGCCCUGGGUGGCACAGAGUUUGGCCUGCUCGUUGUCAUGUCCUUUGACCGCUGUGUUACCAUCUGCCAACCCCUGCACUACGCUGCCACCAUGCAGCCUCAGCUCUGCCUCGGUCUGGUUGUUGCUGCCUGGGUCAUCGGCUUCACCCUCCUGAGCUGCCAUUCGCUCUUCCUGUCUCAGCUGUCCUUCUGUGGCUCCAACAGGAUCCCCCAUUUUCUUUGUGACAACUCCCCCUUAUUCCAGCUGUCCUGCUCUGACACCAGCCUGCUUUGGAAAAUAGACUCUGUUGUCUUAUCAUGUGCCUUGUUGGGUUCCUUAGGUUUAACUCUGGCAUUUUACACCUGCAUCCUUUUCUGUAUUCUGCAGCUUCCAGCAGACUCUGGGAGGAAGAAAAAAGCUUUUACUACCUGUUCUUCCCAUCUCAUCACCUUAUCCAUUGCAUAUGGGAGCUGCAUUGCUCUCUAUACGUGUCCUUCAACAGAUGCUUCCUUAAAGACCAACAGAAUUGUAGCUUUGGUGAACACAGUGCUGUACCCAUUCUUAAAUCCAUUCAUCUACAGCCUUAGGAACAAGGCUGUGAUACUGGCACUGAACAAAUGCAUUGCCAGGACAAGAGCAAAGCUCUUCCCCUAA